GCUCGCUGCGUAGCUCGGGAACCCCAUCUUCCCGGGGAGGAGCCAGAGCGCCUCGCCUCCUCCAUCACCACUUCACCUCCCCCUCUCUCUCUCUCUCCCCAUCCCCUAACCCUCCCUCCCUCCCUCCCCCCGGCCGCGUGGCGCCGACCGGCCAUGCUCUCGACGGCGGCGCCAUCCACCUCCCUCGCCGCCUUCCCCUCCCGCGCGCGUCGCCGGCGCCGGGCCCUCCCGCUCCCCAUCGUCGUGGCGGCAGCAUCGGGGGCGGGGGUGGGAGGGGCCGAGCGGUUCGCCGCGAGCAGCUCCAUCACCGAUUACCUCCGGUACCGCCGCCCCGGGUUUGGCGGGGGAGGAGGUGGCGCCGGCGGGUGCGGCGGCGAGCUGCAGACUGCGGUGGUGCGGUUCGAGAAGCGAUUCCCGUGGUCGCUCCUCCACCCGUUCCUCCACGUUGAUUUGGUUUCUACAGUCCACAUUGCCGACAAAGAAUAUUUUGAUAGACUGCAGCAAGCGCUUGAAGAUUAUGAUUGUGUUCUGUAUGAAAUGGUGACGAGUCGGGAGAAUUUGAACAAUCCAAAAGGCCCAAUGGCUGUUAAGAAGAUGAAAUCUUCACGUAGAGGAUUUAGUAUUCUUGGUUUCAUACAGAAGCAAAUGGCUCGGAUCCUUUCAUUGGAUUAUCAGUUAGACUGUCUUGAUUAUGGCAAUGAGAAAUGGCUACACGCUGACCUUGACUAUGAGACAUUCAAGCAGCUUCAGAGUGAAAGAGGUGAAAGUAUUCUCACAUUUGCAGUAGACAUGACACUGAAAUCAACCAAAGCCUUGGUACAACCAACUUCCAUGCCAGAUGGUCUUGACUUUUGGAGAUCCAAGUUGCUCUGGGCCUCACGUGUGCUACCAAUGCCACUCGUUGGACUACUCGUCAUCACUGGGCUUUGUUUGCCAGUGGAAAAUCAAGAUGGAUAUCCUGAGCUAGAGGCAUUGUCUAGGCUAGAUUUUGGGGCUGCACUGAAGAUUUUCUUGGCAAAGCAACUGACAUCUGAUUUCACAGCUGUGACUGCACCCGUUGAGGAGAAGUCGGUUAUCAUUGGGGAAAGGAACAAAGUUGCCACUGAGAAGAUAAAGGAAGCAAUAAAUCGUGGGUACAAGAGAAUAGCAGUCCUUUAUGGUGGGGGGCAUAUGCCAGACCUGGGACGACGUCUUGGAGAAGAGCUCAAUAUGGUCCCAACUGACGUGCACUGGGUCACAGCAUGGUCAAUAAGAAGUCGGGAGCUAGACAGAAAAUCCAUUCCGAUGUUGAAGAGAAUGGCUGAGGUUUCAGGCUGGCCUUUGAAUAGAUACGAGACGCUUGCUCUGCUCAUCUUUUCUUCAGUUCUUGCAGUGGAUCUUUGGUUCUGGGAGCUCCUUGUGGGUACUGUCGUGGAUUGGGCAUCUUUGGCUGGUUCCUGGAUUGACCAGCUUAAUGGUCCAUUGUGACCAACAAGUGGGUGGAACCAGAAACCUAGCAAAACACACUACUAUAUAAGUGGCAGUGUAAAGAAAAAUAGAAAUCCCUAUUCUGUUUCGAUUUUAUCCAGCUAUCGCUGGAAUACUGCAACACACAUUUGUAGAUAAAACAUUUCAUUUCCAUCAAUUUGAAAUGAGAUUAGUGAUAAAGGUGUGAAGUUGAUCA